GGGUCCGGGGAGAGAGCGGAUAUAGUGAAUGCAGGGUCCGGGGAGAGCGGAUAUAGUGACUGCAGGGGUCCGGGGAGAGCGGAUAUAGUGACUGCAGGGUCCGGGGAGAGCGGAUAUAGUGACUGCAGGGUCCGGGGAGAGCGGAUAUAGUGACUGCAGGGUCCGGGGAGAGCGGAUAUAGUGAAUGCAGGGUCCGGGGAGAGCGGAUAUAGUGAAUGCAGGGUCCGGGGAGAGCGGAUAUAGUGAAUGCAGGGUCCGGGGAGAGCGGAUAUAGUGAAUGCAGGGUCCGGGGAGAGCGGAUAU